GCAGACGGAAAAAUUUUUUACUCCACAAUUUUCUGCUUUUUGGACCAGAAAACAGACAGUUUGAAGCAGAUAAACGGAUAGAGAAGAGAAUGGAGUACCUCCCUGAAGGUGAUACGGUGUCGUUUACGCAGGGGAACAUUUUAUGUUGCCAGUGCGGCGUCCCGAUCCAACCCAACCCCGCCAACAUGUGCGUGGCCUGUCUCCGCACACAGGUGGACAUCACAGAAGGCAUCCCUAAGCAGGGAGUUCUUCACUUCUGUCGGAACUGUGAGCGUUACCUCCAGCCUCCUAACCAGUGGGUGGCCUGUGCUCUGGAGUCGAGGGAGCUCCUCACUCUCUGUCUCAAGAAACUCAAGGCUCCUCUCACUAAGGUUCAUCUGAUUGAUGCAGGUUUUGUCUGGACUGAACCACAUUCCAAAAGGAUAAAACUCAAACUCACUAUACAAAAGGAGGUAAUGAAUGGAGCCAUCCUGCAGCAGGUGUUUGUGGUAGAGUUUGUGGUGUCUAACCAGAUGUGUGAAGACUGCCACAGGGUGGAGGCCAAGGACUACUGGAAGGCAGUGGUGCAGGUUCGACAGAAGACCAGCCAUAAGAAGACCAUGUUUUAUCUGGAACAGCUCAUUCUAAAGUACAAGGCUCACACCAACACCCUCAGCAUCAAGGAGGUGUCAGACGGGAUAGACUUCUUCUACGCUACCAAACAGGAUGCCAAGAAGUUUGUGGACUUUCUACAGGCUGUGGUACCAUGCAGGUAUAAGACCUCGGAGAAGCUGCUUUCACAUGAUGUCAAAAGUAACACCUACAACUACAAAAGCACUUUCUCUGUGGAAAUAGUACCUGUUUGCAAGGACAACAUUGUGUGCCUCCCACCGAAGCUAGCCCAGCAGCUAGGAAACCUGAACCAGAUCUGUGUGUGUCUGCGGGUGUCAACUACUGUUCAUAUCAUCGACCCUUCUACACUACAAAUUGCAGAUGUGACAGCUCCCAUGUUCUGGAGAACUCCGUUCCAGUCCUUGUGUGAGCCCAGACAACUGACAGAGUACAUGGUCCUGGAGGUGGAGCCUAUCCGCCAUCACGAGCGUGUGCAUGUGGCGGGGGAGGGCGCCAAGUCUCAGAAGCAUCUCCUUGCUGACGUGUGGGUGGCGCGAAGUUCAGACCUGGGGAUGAACGACAACCAGUACCACUGUCGCACCCACCUGGGGCAUCUGCUGAAGGCUGGGGACCUGGUACAGGGGUUUGACCUGUCUAACGCCAACGUGAACAAUGACUUCCUAAACAAAAUGAAGGCCGACCGCCUCCCUGAUGUGGUCCUGGUGAAGAAGGUGUUUGACAAGUCCAAGCGUCACCGCAGACGCAACUGGAAACUCAAGAGACUGGCCAGAGAGCUGGAGACUAUGGACACUGACUCCACAGACAGGGAUUACAGCGAGUUCCUCGAAGACUUGGAGGAAGACCCCCUGUACAGGAAGGACGUCAACAUCUACAGAGACACCGAGAAAUUUGCGGUGGAGUCAGAUACAGAAGAUGACGGCGCUCCCAGAAUCAGCCUGCAGGAGAUGCUGGAAGACCUCCACAUCUCUGAGGACGCCACAGGGGCAGAAGGGGCUGAGAUGAUGACGGAGUAGGAGAGCCACCUAGCAGUUUGUGUGAAAAGUGCAG